AUGCCACCCCCAUCCCCUCCACACACAUAUUCCUCGCGAGCGCAAUCAACCCACGCGCCUGGAGGACCUUUAAUGUCGCGCGAUUUACCUGGCGGUCAGGCACACCGACCGGGCAGCAGCAUGUCAAUUUCCGCUAUGUUAGGGUCGGACCCAGAUCGGGCGGCGCGAGAACCUGCACGAGAAUCUGCGCCGUUCUUUUCGCGACCACCUGCAUCGUCGAUAUUCGGUAACGCGCCCCCAUCAUCAUCCUCUGCAGCCAUGUCUCCACCCACGGCCCCAGCAAGACCGUCACCGCUCGAUAACUCUUUCUUCCGUCGUUCACAUACACCGGAGAAGCCAUUUUCCAAGCCUCAAGGCGCCCGUACAUACCGGUCUGGGUCCGGUGGAGGCUCGAGUCUGGGAGCAGAGCAGUCGGUAUUCGGGGGCUUGACACGCUCGUCGCUCUCGCAGUAUCCCGAGAAGCCGCACUCGACGCACCCUUCGCCUCGAAUCUCCACGGCAGAGCCACCGUACACUGAACCUCGUCGCAUGAGUCUCAACGGUCCGAUCACUCGGCCCAGUAGUCAGCCGCCCCAUGCAGACGCACCCACACGACCCCCCGGCUACAGUCCGAUCUCCCAGCCCGGAGGGGCCGCGGAUCGCCCCUUCGAGUCCGGCCCUCGGCCUGCAUCUGGGUCGUACGGAAGUCAUGAUCCACAGCAUGGUCGGUUUGCAAACAUAUUUGGCGAGCGGCGCUCGGAGGAUACUGCGCAGCGGGAGCGAGAACGAGCUCCAACCCAUGGGUCAGAUGCCAAGUUGAACCAGCCUGGAUCAUAUCGGUAUGGCUCCCACUACGGUGAACGCGAGCCGAUCGAUCGUCACCAGGGUGGCUCUACAUGGGAUCACGGUCGGUCGCACCCUCCAUCGCCGGAAAGUAAGCGCUUCCCUGCACCCGAGCACGGGUCGGGUUUCGGGUUUGGGGCCAUUCAGAGCUACACCAAAUCACUUGGGUCGCAACCGGGUGGCAAUAGACAGCCUCAGAUCUCUCUUCAGUCUCGAAACAAUCAACCCACUCCUCCGCCGUCACAUGAUCCAUAUCUCAGACAUCAAGGGCAGCCUCCCCGCAUAGGAUCAACCCCUACUAUCACCGCAUCGACAGCUGCCGCAUCAUCGGGUCUAGCAGCCCUAGCUGAUGAGGGACGACGCAAAGGAAGCGAUGAGCUGCUCCAUCAUCGCAGUCUACUGGCUGUUGGUGUUGAUGGGAAACGCGGUGGCCGUGCAUCGCCCCUUCCCCAAGCUGUACAAGGCGCCCAAGCUCCAUACAUUGGUCCCGCUGGAGAACCGGCUAUCAAAAAUGAAUUGGGGCGAGUGUUCUCAGGUAUUGGCAGCGGGGUUGGUGGUGUCACUGCGUCUACUGGUGGCAGCGGACCAUCAACCCCGUUGGGCACUAGUCCUUUCAAGCGGGAUAGUCUCACAGGUCGCUCGAUGAAUGGAGAAGGGAUGGAUGAAGCGUCCAAGCUUGCCCGGCCAUCCUCUGCAGCCGGCAGACGGUCAAGAAAGUCGCGCGACGAGGAGCAGAUGGAAAUUGAGGCCAAUGACGCCCGAGGCUUACUAUCAGCACGUAACGCCCGCCGCUCUCGGCAUUCCCACCACCAUCACCAUCACCACCACCACCAUCGCCACAAGGCAGACGAAGAGGCGGCUACCCUGAGCUCCCUCCAACGUCCCACCUUCUUCCAUCGAACAUCCCCAGCGGAGCCUCCUGCCGCACAGCAUCACCACCCACAUCACCAUCACCAUCAUCACCAUGCUCCUCGGCCAGUCACCAUUCCGGCUGCAUCUCCUAUCCGCGAGCCUCGUACUACCGUGAACCUGGAGCCGUUGCUUUCAAGUGUGGCCCAUCUUCCUCGACACCACCUUGGCUCAACGCUCUACACGCCUCGCAUCAGUACUCCCACUGCGAAGUCCUCUUUGGAUAGCUCCAAGUUUGGAUAUACCACAACCCCCCAACCCCUUCCCCGCUUCGAACAGCGAGAGAAUUGUACAUUUACCGUCCGAGUCCCCCGUUUCCGAAUCAAUCACUCUCACCGAGAAGAAAUUUGCGCCCGGCGCGCCCUCUGGGGUACCGGCGUGUAUACAGACGAUUCAGACCCUGUCGCUGCUGCCAUUCACUCCGGCUUCAUUCGCGGUGCGUGGGGCGACGACGUGGACGAGUCAAUGCUUGAUCUCGAAAUUAAAGAUACCUACCAACAUGCACCGCCACCCGAAGCCACUACUGAUGGCAACUCCUCGACCAAGGGCCCACGCCUCCCACCGAUACCCCCAACCGACAAGGACUUGCACAUCACCCUGUUGGUUCUUCCCCGCGUGGCCCAGUAUGACAGCACUCUCAUGUUCGGGCUGAAGUCCCGCAAAUGGGACGGUCGCCACGAUGGCAUGAGCUUCAAGGUCCACGCCGUGGAUUGGGUGGACGAGGGCGUGGCUCGUGGCGAAGAGCGCAGCGGCGAGGCCCGUCGGAAACGUCUCCGCACGCUUAUGCAGACCGGUCGCAUCUGCACGGGGCCCGCUAUGGCUAAAAUGGAUGAGCUACGGCGCAGCGGGGUACAGGUACCUCGAGCUAUCGAUGGCCAGGAUCAACCGGCAGCUGUGCAGCCAGUCUCCUGA